AUGAGGACUUCCACUCUUGGCGUCUUUCUCGCUUCCGCCUUAAAGGCCUGGGCUAUCAAGCCACCAUCUAUUGACGGCAUGGGGCUGACUUGGUACGAUGAUUUUGCUGGUUGCGCUGGCUGCGAACUCGACCUCGACGAGUGGGAGUAUCGUCUCCACCUGGACCAUAAUAAAGAGCUUCAGGAAUAUACCGACUCAAACAAGAAUGCUCAACUAUCUGGCGGUGAUACUCUUCAGCUAGUGCCAUGGAAAGACAACAAGGGCGAGUGGACCUCUGCUCGUGUCGAGACCCUGGACUCAUGGACCCCUCAGCCGGGGAAAAAGAUGCGUUGGCAGGCGAGUCUCCGUAUGGGCGACGCUUCCGCUAGGCAGGGGAUCUGGAAUGCCUUCUGGUUGCUGGGGGACUCCGUUCGUCAUGGCACUGAGUGGCCCCUGUGCGGCGAGCUCGAUGCUUUCGAACAAGUCAACGGGAUCAUGGAGGGCCACGGCACGAUGCAUUGCGGCGACGAAGCGGGCGGAAUCUGUGACGAGCCCAACGGAUUGGGGGCCUCUGUUCCCAUGCCCGAUAACGAUUUCCACGACUGGGCCGUGGAAAUUGAUCGGAUAUCUGACGACUGGAAGACAGAAACAAUUUCUUGGAUGAUGGACGGCAGUAGCUUUCACAAGAUCUCUGGAUCUGAUGUGAACGAUAAGCAUGUGUGGGCCACGCUGGCACAUUCUCCCUUUUUCAUGAUCUUCAACGUGGCUGUGGGCGGCACUUGGCCCGGUGACCCGGACAACGCCACGCAGGACGGCUACGCGAACAUGAUGGAGGUCCUCUAUGCUGCAGUAUACGAGACGAAGUGA